AUGGGAUCAAUGCGGUUGCGCAAGAAGUCUUCUCGCAUGGCUCUAUCUCCUAACGUGGCCAAGCCCACAUUGCAGAAGCCACGCUCUGGGAGAGACCGCCGCGGUCCCUUUGCUGGCAUGAAUCAGACCGAGGCUCGCAUUCGAGACACUCCGCGCUCCCGGUCGCAGGCUGCCCUCAAGCGCUCCGGCGAAGAGGGCAAAUCCGAAAAGAACGACGCGCCGCUGUACAAAGCCCUCAAGAUGCAGACUACCUUGUCGCCAGUAUCCUACGGUCGUCGUGCUGCUAUCAAGUCGAAGAUCACCAAUCUCACCAGCUUCGACCAUUUCCCUCUCCUCCCCGCGGUUCGACACUCGAUUUUCGCCCAGGCUCUGCCGGGACUCGCAGAGGUCACGCCAACCCCUAUUCAGCGACUCGCGAUCCCACAACUUCUCGGUGACACCAACGCGAAGAAAAAUCAACCGGUGAAAGUUCAUGAGGAUGCGCCUCAAUACGAGCAAUACCUUCUUGCAGCGGAAACUGGUUCUGGAAAGACGUUGGCGUAUCUCCUUCCGGUUGUCGAUGCCGUGAAGCGCGCGGAGACAAAAGACAAGGAGGAGCAGCAGAUUCUGGAAGAACAAAAAACUAAAGAGCGCGAGGAGAGGCUGAAGAACCGGACCUUCGAACUUGAGCCAGAGGAGCCACCGAUGACCGAUGCCGGUCGCCCCAGGGCCAUCAUUCUUGUUCCAACAUCAGAGCUUGUGGCACAGGUUGGAGCCAAGGUUAAGGCUCUUGCUCACUCGGUUAAAUAUCGAUCGGGAGUAAUUUCUUCUAAUUUGACUCCGCGUCGGAUCAAGAACACGCUUUUCCACCCUGAUGGCAUCGACAUCCUGGUGUCCACUCCGCAUCUCCUAGCCUCCAUCGCCAAAACUAAUCCUUACCUUCUCAGCCGCGUCAGCCACCUCGUUCUCGACGAAGCAGAUUCUCUGAUGGACCGGUCCUUCAUCUCUACCACCACUGAAGUCAUCGACAAAGUUGCGCCCUCACUCAAGAAACUCAUUUUCUGCUCCGCCACAAUUCCUCGCAGUCUUGACAACCAGCUACGCAAGCGCUAUCCCGAUGUCAGGCGCCUGACAACUCCAAACCUGCAUGCCGUUCCCCGACGCGUACAACUCGGGGUGGUGGAUAUUGAUAAGGAGCCCUACCGUGGAAACCGCAGUCUUGCCUGCGCAGAUGUGAUUUGGUCCAUUGGCAAAGCUGGUGAUAUUGGUGAAGAGAGCUAUGGGCCUCUGACACCAUAUAUGGGUCCGAAGAUCAAGAAGAUUAUCGUAUUCGUCAACGAGCGCGAGGAGGCGGAGGAGGUCGCGAAUUUCCUCGUGUCCAAGGGUAUCGAUGCCGUUUCGCUCUCUCGUGACUCCAGUUCCCGGAAACAGGAGGAAAUCCUCGCUGAAUUCACCGAGGUCGACCAACCCCCGACCUCAGAUGAGAUCAUGCUGCUUCGCAAGCAGGCUCGUUCUGAGAAAUCCGUCCCCUUCCUGGAGCCCGAGAAGAAGCCCGAGAUUGAUCGCCGCCUGCCCAACACUAGAGUCCUUGUCACUACAGACAUUGCCUCUCGAGGCAUUGAUACCUUGGCCGUGAAGACUGUCGUGCUUUAUCACGUUCCGCACACCACCAUCGACUUCAUUCACCGCCUCGGUCGUCUGGGUCGCAUGGGCAAGCGUGGUCGUGGCGUCGUCCUAGUUGGCAAGAAAGACCGCAAGGAUGUUGUCCGCGAGGUUCGCGAGGGUAUGUUCCGAGGACAGGCCCUGAUUUAG